UUUGUAGUUUGAAGUUGCUUAAUUCUCUUGAUCUUUUUGGAUGCUUAAAAUUAGACAACUUGCCAGAAGAAAUAGGAAAUAUGCAACUUUUGGAGCUGCUUAAUUUGAGUUGGACAGCCAUAAAAGAGGUUCCUUCUUCCAUUGUUCGCCUUAAAAAUCUCAAACAGCUGCAUAUUCGUGGAUGGAAGUUAUCUGAAUUUUAUGCUCGGCCAGCAAGUCCUGAGUGGAAUGACCCUUUACAAACUGCAUUAUUUUCCCUGCCAACAAGUCCUGCUCCAUGGAACAUAUUAUUGCCUUCAUUUUUAUAUUAUUCCCUGCCAACAAGACCUGUUCCGCUGGGCUUGUUAUUGCCUUCCUUAUCAGGUCUGCAGUCUUUAACAUAUUUGCAUCUUAGUGACUGCGAUCUUUUGUCAAUCCCCAAUGAUUUUGGCUGCUUGUCCUCUUUAGCACACUUAAAUCUAAGUGGAAAUAAUUUUGUUUCCCUUCCUAAAAGUAUCUCUCAACUCUCUAAACUUCAAACACUUCUUUUGGAGGGCUGCAGGAGGCUUCAAUCAUUGGAAAGUGUUCCACCAACUAUUGAUUCUGUGAUUGCAAACAAUUGUACCUCACUGGAGAGAUUUCCAGAACUGCAAUUUCAUCUUCUUACAUCCAAUCACUCCCAUUUGAAUUUCCAGUGUCUAAACUGCUUCAAAUUGGUUGAUAAUAUUCAAAGCAUCAGUAACAUGAUUCAGGGACAAAGUGUUAAACUACCAUGCAUCUUAGACAUUAUUAUCCCUGGAGGAGAAAUCCCAAAAGGGUUUAGCCCUGUAGGUUGGUGUGAUAACAUACAAGUGCCUAAUUGUGAGUAUCAAUACCUGAUGGGAAUUACGUUGUGCAUUGUUUUUGUGCUCAACCCGUGGCGUCCUUUCUCUAGAGAUUUUCAACUUACAUGUUUGUUUGAAGUCAAUGGAGUUGCCAUGAGAUAUCCAGUACGCUCUUUUUUUAAGUUAAACUAUGCUAUGGCUGAAUCACCUCACCUUUGGCUGCUCUAUUUGCCCCCUCAGUGUGGUGAAUUUUCAAUUAAAAUAAUUUCCGAUAACAUAAAGGUGAUGAAAAAAGGGUUUAAUUUGGUAUACAAGCAGCAUGCUCUGUGAGGAUCUGGGUGUAAAUGUGUAAUCCAACAUGAUAUUGAUGAUUCAGCCUCGGAAGGUACCCGAAAUAAGUGAAGUGAUGAUGAGGAUGAUGGGGCUGGAUCUAGUGGAGGAGGCUACUCUAAUGAGGAACUGCAUACGGUGACUUGGAGAUUUAUGGCUCAUUCUGAAAAAUAUAGUAAAAUGGGAAUUUUUCGACUUCUUUGCCUAGUAUUUUAAUUUAAUGGAAGGAGGGGAUCAAACGCCCAAGAAGCAUGUAGCCUAUUGUGGCGAUAAAAGGGAUAUUUACCAGAACCACAUUGAAGAAUUACCCAAGUAUGGUCCCUUGUCUCACGUCCACCUGGGCUCUUGCUAAAGUGGUCAAGGACUCAAAAUGUGCAGCAGCUACAGCACGUUCUAUGAGGAUCUGGGUGUAAUUCAUCAUGAUAUUGACGUUUCAGUUGCCGAAGGUAGCAUAGAUAAGCAGUGACGGGGCUGGACCUAGUGGAGAAGGCUACUCUAAUGAGGGACCAGAUCCUAAGACUUGAAGGAUGUGUGGCUGAUUCUUUCGGGAAUUUUUUGACUUCUUUGCCUGUAAGUCAUCAUCUUUCUUGUUCCUAUUAUAAUCCAAUGAAAUCAAAGUGUGAGUUUUGAUUGUUAGGUUUAUUUUGGCAUGGUAAAAGUUUUUAAUUUUUAAUAAGUAUAAAAUAAUAGAGUUUUUCUUUUUGGAUUUUUCCUUUUUCUCUUUUUCCUCAGAUAUAUACUAGCGUUUAAGGAAAAAAGAAAAAAAAAAUCAAUGUAUUGUGCUAGUUGAGCAGUUGUGCCUUAACAUUACCUUUUGGCAAUCAAUUCCCAAUCACCACAAACUCGAAAAUUAAAAUCAUCCUGUAUCAUCUUUUUUUAAUUUAUUUUUUUAGUUUUUUCAUCAGGUUUGAAUAGUUCAAAAUUUUCUUGAAGCCUAUGGUGGCUUAAGAGGGAUGGUUGCCAAAGUGACGUUGAAGAAUUAGCCAAGGAGGGUCCCUCCUCUCUCACCCACCUGGGCUUUGGUUAAAGUGGUCAAGAACUAGCUUAGGAGGGUUCCUUUUUGCUGUAUGUGUGUGGCUUUGUUCAAUUGGUUUUAUAGAGUUUAGGCACUGGCACCAGUGAAGAGAUAUUAAAGAUUCUCUUGUCCCGUGCUAUUGUGCCAUUUUGUAAUCUCCAAUUUUCUUAGUGAAUUUUUCUGUUAGACACUGUCUGUGGAUGUAGGCCUAAAGCUGAACCACAUAAAUCUUUAUGUUUCGUGUGUGA